AUGUGUGCUCAGCUGGCUCUGCCCCCCUACCAGGCUUACCCCGGCGGGUCCGGCCUGGGGUACCUGGAGUUCUGCUGGAGCUCAGCAGGGGAGGCAGGACAUGUCCCCGCCUCGGCUGGGCCAGCGGCAGCAGCCGGUGUCAGUCCAUCUCCGGAGGCAGGAGAGCACAGGCAGACAACAGAAGUUUCCCCGACUUCUUCCAGUUCUGGUAAUUUCAGCCAGUUCAUGCCAGACUCAGCCACCAGUCCACAUUCAGCGUCCUCAUCCCCACAGCCUACUGCUAGGUCUCAGAAAGGCAGAGAUGAUGUCAUGGGGACAGUCAAGAAAGGCAAGAGCCGCACAGCCUUCUCCCAGGAGCAGCUGCAAACCCUGCACCAGCGGUUCCAGGCCCAGAAGUACCUCAGCCCCCAUCAGAUCCGGGAGCUGGCAGUGGCCCUGGGGCUCACCUACCAACAGGUGAAGACUUGGUUCCAGAACAGGAGGAUGAAGCUGAAAAGGUGCCAGAAGCAUAUCCUGUGGACUGCUCGGGCUCAGUGCCUCACGCAAAACAGCUUCCAACCAAGUACUUACCUGGAUGUGCACCCCAAAUUCCACCAGGGCUACCCGAUCAAUGCAGCCAGCAACAUCCAAACAAUGCCUUCUCCCUGCCAGCACUACGGAGCAGGGCAGAAUGCUUACACGAUUGUGACCAGCGAGGAUGGAGGAGUCUUUGGCAAAGGCGGGGGCACCUGCAGCGUCCAGCAGACAGUGGGCUUCAUUGCCCAGCACAAAGUAGACUUUUAUCACAGCUGUCCUGGCAGUGUGGAAUAUCCGGGCACAAAGACAGGUGAUGGCUAUAACUUUCACCACUCAGCCCCCAUGGGGGCAUCAUUCCCAACCACUGCUGGCUACCAUCUCUAUCAUUCCUAAGCAUUGUGCAUGUGGGGAACUUGGGCACCUUGCAAGCAAAUCUUAUUCUCAUCUCUUCCUUCAUUAUUCAUGUAAUUUCCAACUCAGGGGUGUCAUGUAACUAGAACCAAUUUUGGCAUCCAGAUGUUUGCCUGCAGGCAUGCCCAGACACACAGGUGCUAGCACAUAAGUGUACAUAUAGCCCUUCAUUCAUAUGCCUUUACACAUACACAUGCACACACCCUUCUUUAUUGGCAAAUAUAGCCAAAUUCCCUUACCUGAUAUGCCCAAGGUCUUGCUGACUAGACUGUCUCCUAGAUCUUCCAAAUUAUGGACAUCAGAACCUUAUCUCAGAGUAGGCAAAGACUCCUUUGGAGACCUCAUGUACACACAUCACUGUACAGCUCUAUAUACAUAACACACAAGGACAUGGGCUGUAUGUAGAGAUGCUAGUCACACACUUUUCAUUGACAGUGGAUAAGCUGUUGUCACGCAACAGGCAUCCAUCUGAUGGUUAGACCACCAGUUCUGUAGGUUAGCCACAAGUCAUAGAAGUGAAGAAAUGUAUAAUGAAGGAAGAUUUGACAAGUUGCUUGCAAAGAGGGUAUUGAGAUGAUCUUAUAAGCAUCAAAAUGAUAAACAAGUGCAUUCUUCUAUCUUUCCUUGUCUCCUCUUGAGAAAAAAUAAAAGUGCAUUUAAUUGGCAAAUAAAAUACUUUUUCAGGUGGAUUAUGUGUUUUUCUGCUUCUUUUUUCUCAUUAUAACCAGGCAGUGAAACCCAGAUGCAGAAUAAAUGGCCAUAGCAACCAUAUUCU